AUGGAAUCAAGUCAUAAAUACUUAUCCGAAUUACGAGAUUACAUUGAUAAAAUUGACAAUGAAGUCACGAUGAUAUUACAAAGUUUACAAUGGGAUAGAAAUACUUUGUUACAGGCUAAGGAAACAGUGGUUUGUAAAUAUGAUUCAAACCAUAUUAUCCCUAUUGAAAAAAUACAGAAACAUGAAGAAAAAUGCUCCAUUAAAUCAAAAGGUUAUUCUCAAGAGGACAUCCUUUUACCUGAACCACUUGAUCCAUCUGCUUGUACAUUAGUAAAAUUUACUUCAGACAACAUCAAUGAUAUAAUAGAAAAUGCAGCCAAAUGUGAUCCUUUAUUUAAAAAAGUAAGUACUGAAUCCACUGGCUUAGGAAUUUCUAAUAAAAAAUCUAAUUUAUGCUAUACUAAAGUAUUCUUCAUCAAUAUAUUUGAUAAUUUUAUUAAAAAUACUUUAAAACGUAACAUAUACUCAAAAAAAGGUCACAGAGAUGAAUCUGAGCCCCUGACAUUAGAGCGGUUACAAGCAACAUAUACAGCUGAUGAGAGGAGAGCUAUUCAUGAUGCAGUUGUCAGCACUAUGCCUUCCUUUCAUGAUCUUUCGGAUUUAAUUUUGCCCAGUGAACAAGCAGGUUCAGUAGAUAAACAGAAAUCUCGUCAGCAAGUGCUAGCAGAACUGAGGGACAUGAAGAGGCGUCGUACGCGCUACCGCGUCGCAGUGCCCACCCGCAACUACUCGCAUGUACUUAGACAAGUUAUAUCUACACAGAUGGAGCUAUAUACUGAAUCACAAAUUAAAGUAAAGGAUGAACCGUAUGAAGAAUAUUGUGAUGACAAACAAAGCUCAACUCAAAAGAUGCAACAGGAAAGUUCUAAUAGGGACACAAAUAAAAAGAGAGAACACUACAGAGAAAGAGAAAGUCAUAGUAGAGAAAAUACUAGUAGAAACAGGGAUGGAAGAUAUCAAAGAGAUUACAACAUGAGCGAAAAAUAUAAAAAGUAUGAUGAUGAUUAUGAUAGAAAGAGACAAGACAAGGAAAAACAUUCCUAUCAUAGAAAUAAAAAUGAAAGAGACAGCUAUUCAAGUUCAAGGAAUGGAAAGAGGCAUUGUGAUGCAUAUGAGAGAGAUGGCUAUAGAGAUAGUAGAAAAAACUACGAUAAUAGUUACAGAUAUGAGAAGCAAAGAGAACAUUCCAGAGAGAAGAAGUAUAGAGAGUAUCGU